AUGCAGGUGCUAGAUUUAUUCGUCGUCGUCCAAGUAGUCGGUCUUAUUAUUAGUGGCAUGGGUGACUUCCUACCACACCUUCCAUUUGGCCUCACUUCAAGACAGUCAAAGGAGGACCCUGACGUUUGCAUCAGCAAUCUUUGUGAUCUGUUUAUCAGACUCAUAGUUGGCGAUGGCAAGAUUGACAUCCUUCCAAAGGUUCUUUCUGAACUAUUCAGGGUCUUCAACAACAAGGAAUUCCACUCAAAGCUGGCGGAUGCACUGUGGCUAAUCGAUUCCGCUAUGGCUGAUGUCACUGAUCCUGGCAUGAAGGACCGCUACAUUCGCGUUGUGACACACUGCAAACCCCUCGUGGAUGUGUCUCUCCUAAUGGAGCGUCUAUCGGACGACACUCUGGAGCAAAUAUCCCUGAUCACAUCACGUCAACAGUUUCAGACACGUUACUUGAGUCAACCGACGGGAUCAAUGGAGCAGUGUAUAACCCACAUCCGCUCCCUGAUCGGGUACUUUGAUCUUGAUCCAAAUCGAGUACUUGACAUCAUCUUGGAUGCCUGUGAGAUGCGUAGGGACCUACAGGGCUCCUUCAUCGAACUCAUUAAUCUAUAUCAUCCCGAUAGAGUAGAUAUGACGCACAUUCUCAGUCACAAAUUUCACUUCUAUCAGGUAAGCUGCUCCGACGAUAACGUGUGA